GCCACCGACCCCCAGAGGAUGAUGUGUCACGCUCUUCUCUCUAUAAAGGGUUUAUCAGCUCUGCGCAUUUCCUUUGGCCAAGGGCGGACGAUGGAGACCUGGAGCUUUCUCGGCAUCCUCUGCGGGGGUCGACGGUCGGCCGGCGGCGAGCUGUGGCUGUGCGCGGCGCUCCUCGCCACCACACUGGCGGGCACGGGCCGAGCCUCGUCCAGCACGAGGCUGCUGCUGGGGCUCCAUGCCCCCCGAAACAUGUCCUAUCCCUUCAGCGCCCUCAGGCUGGGCUCGGCCAUUCAGGUAGCCCUGGAUAAGAUCAACUCCAACAACAUCCUGGGCAACCACACCGUGGACUUUGUGUAUGCUGACACCGAAUGUGAUGCCAAGUCUUCCCUCGCCGCCUUUAUCGACCAGGUGUGGAAGGAGAACAUCUCGGCCAUCUUCGGCCCCAUCUGCCCUGAGGCAGCUGAGGUUACUGGUCUCAUGGCUUCUAAAUGGAACAUCCCAAUGUUUGGCUUUGUGGGAACAACACCAAAGCUGGAAAAUUUAGCUGUUUACGACUCCUAUGUAAAGCUAAUUCCCCCUGUCAAAAGAAUAGGAGAGGUGAUGAUUAAAAUACUGGACUUUUUUGGGUGGAAACACGUUGCCUUGAUUGGAGGGGGUGGCGAUUUUAACACAUGGGACAACAUUGAUGAGGCCUGGAGGGUUUUGGAAGCCCAACUCAGGAUCCGGUUCACCAUAACUGCCAGCAUCAAAUUUGACACCAGCCAGCCUGACCUUGUCCAUAAGAACAUUGCACACGCCUCAAAAUCUGCAAGAAUCAUCAUCAUAAUUUGCAAUGCGUUGGAUGCCGUCGUGCUGAUGUUGGAGGCUGAGAAACAGCACCUACUGGAUGGAGAGUAUGUGUUUCUCAUUGUUCAGCAAUUUGAGGAUAAUUACUUCAAGAAUAUGCUCAAUAACAAGGCUAAUCAGACCACCCUGAGAGCCUUCAGCCAAUCAACGUUUGUGAUUGCCCAGAAAGUCUAUGAUGGGUAUGAAUACUAUGACUUCAACGAGAAAGUCUAUGAGAGACUGAUCAAAGCCCCAUUCUACAGCAACUUGUCAUCAGAGAGAGAGGUGAGCCCCUAUGCAGCCUACCUACAUGACGCUGUGCUCCUUUACGCCAUGGGCCUACAAGAGCUGUUGAAAGCCGGCCAAAGUGUCAUAAGUCGACCGGAGCUGCUGCAAAAGCUAAGAGACAAGAGCAGCUUCAGAUUCUAUGGAGCGACAGGGCUGGUGCACUUUGAUGAAGAAGGAGAAAGGAACAUCGACUACUCUGUGUAUAACCUCCAGGUCACCGAUGGCAUCCCCAAAUUCGUCUCUGUGCUGACAUUUGAUAGUCACACUAAAACAGUGAGGCCGACCGCUCUGUAUCACUUUGUGACGUGGCCGAAAGGGAGGCCCCCGAAGGACAAGCCAAACUGCGGAUUUGACAACGAGCUCUGUGAAUGGGUCUACCAGGAUGUGACUUUUGUCGUCCUGUUGGUGGCGCUGCCCUUGCUGAUGCUAUCUGCCCUCGCUUUCAUCACCUUCCUCACCUGUCAGAAGCUCCGGCUGCAAGACCGGCUCGAUGACGCCAACUGGUGGCGAAUAAACUACAAUGACAUCGUCAUCAUUAACGAGCGAAAGGGAACACACACUAUGUCUCAUAGCACAGGUGGCAGUACCUACAGGAGCCGAAGCAGUGGCUCCCAGACUAUUGCUUCCAGCCACAGCUAUGGCUUGAAAGACAACACGGGCCGUGAACAGAUCUACUCCACCGUUGGCCUCUACCAGGGAAAUCAUGUUUCCAUCAAGUACAUCGAACGACAGGUUCUCAGCGACAUCAAGAAACCAACGAUUCUUCUAGAAUUUCAAGUGAUGCGAGAACUGAAGCAUGAGAAUUUAGUGCAAUUUUUUGGAGUUUGCAUUGAGCCACCAAAUAUAUGUGUUAUCACACAGUACUGCAAGAGAGGAAGUUUAAAGGAUGUGUUGCGAAACUCUGACAUAGAUCUGGACUGGAUGUUCAAACUGUCCUUCGCUUUUGACAUUGUCAACGGCAUGGAAUUUCUUCACAAGAGUAACCUGAAGUCCCACGGCAAUCUAAAGCCUACCACAUGCCUGGUGGACAGCCGCAUGCAGGUCAAGAUCUCCGGAUUCGGCCUGUGGGAAUUCCGUUACGGAACCAAACACAAAGUAUUUGAUCUGGAUCCAAAAUAUGAAGACAUGUACUGGACUGCCCCGGAGUUGUUGAGACAAACGUUUCUCUUGUUCAACGGCACUCCCAAGGCCGACAUCUUCAGCUUUGGCAUUAUAAUGCGAGAACUCAUUUACAACUGUGAAAUUGGUCCAUACCAUGAUGUCGACAUGGAACCCAAAGAUAUUAUUGAGCGGCUCAGGAACCCCGCCCUGGGCGAGCCGCUCCGCCCCUCCCUGUCCACCCAGCUGUGUAACGAGGGCCUCAUCACCCUGCUGAAGGACUGCUGGUCCGAGAACCCCGAUUACAGACCCCCCUUCAGCACCAUCAAGCGGCGUCUACGUGAAGCCUGCCCGGACAGUCAUGUUAAUAUACUUGACAACAUGGUGAACAAGUUGGAGAAAUAUGCAAAUCACUUGGAGGAAGUGGUGGAGGAAAGAACCAAUCAGCUGACAAUAGAAAAAAACAGAGCAGACAGGCUUCUCUCCAGUAUGUUGCCAAGCUACAUCGCGGAGCAGCUGAUGGCUGGGAAGUCUGUGGAGCCCAAGGGUUACGAGCUGGUGACCAUCUUCUUCUCCGACAUCGUGGGCUUUACCACCAUGUGCAGCAUAAGCUCUGCCCUGGAGGUGGUCUCUCUCCUCAACGACCUCUACAGCCUUUUCGACGAGAUCAUCAAGCUGUACGACGUAUACAAGGUGGAGACCAUUGGUGAUGCCUACAUGGUCGCCAGCGGCCUGCCCAUAAGCAAUGGCAUCAAGCACGCAGAUGAAAUCUCUACCAUGGCACUGCAUUUCCUCUAUGCCAUCUCCUUGUUCAAAAUACAGCACCUGCCCAACGAGAAGCUGAAACUUCGCAUCGGGAUAAACUCAGGCCCAGUGGUCGCUGGAGUGGUGGGCACCACCAUGCCCAGGUACUGCCUUUUCGGCGACACCGUGAACAUGGCAUCCAGGAUGGAGAGCAACAGCUUGCCUUUGAAGAUCCAUAUUUCCCAGAGCACAGCGGACAUUCUGAGACAGAUAGGCACUUUUGAAAUGGAAGAGAGGGGCGAUAUCGAAAUAAAGGGAAAAGGACUCCAAAAGACCUUCUGGCUGAAGAGUAAAGUGGGCUUUAAGCCAUCGCUUGUGGAACCAAGCUCACCUGCUCAUCUACUGCCCAAAGUAGAGGAGAAGAAAAGGCUUGUGGCUGUCAGCACAUCCAGAGCAAUCGACAGUGAGCAAUGUAAGGGACUGAGGAUGUCCACAGCUGCAGUCAAUGACAUCAGACGACCUCCAGUGAUACUAUAGACUUCUGCUGUGUCAAGCCUCAGUUUCCACCAUCAAAGCCAUCAAUUCCUGACACCCCCUGAAACAAGCCAUUUUAAAACCCCUGAAGCAAGCCAUUUUAAACCCCCUGAAACAAGCCUUUUUAAACCCCCUGAAACAAGCCAUUUUAAACCCCCUGUAACAAGCCAUUUUAAACCCCCUGAAACAAGCCAUUUUAAACCCCCUGAAACAAGUCAUUUUAAACCCCCUGAAACAAGUCAUUUUAAACCCCCUGAAACAAGUCAUUUUAAACCCCCUGAAACAAGUCAUUUUAAACCCUCUGAAACAAGCCAUUUUAUACCCUCUGAAACAAGUCAUUUUAAAUCCCCUGAAGCAAGCCAUUUUAAACCCCCUGAAACAAGCCAUUUUAAAUAUCCAAAAUUCAAUUCACCAGAGCAAUUUACAGGUUUACAGGGACAAACUGUUGUGGUCUACACAAAGUGCGUGCAUGUGUGGGUGUGUUUAUUUGACCCUUUUUUCUGUUAGAAAGGAUCAAUAUAGUUUGAAGUUUGCUGAUGUGUUUAGUGGACAGGUAUAAACAUUCUUUAGUCUGGGCCAUGGAAGCCCCAUGUGAUCAGAAUGGUUUUUACUCCCAAGAUUAGAAACUAUAUGAAUGUCUCUUUUUCUUUGUCUGAACAACAAAUCAGUUUAUUUUAGAGGUUUUGUUUGAUUCAUGAAUAAAAGAGUGUAAUCCCUUUUUUCAAGAGCAGAUCUCACCAUAUCUGGAAAGAUGUUAUGAGGAGUUUUCCUGAAUAUUUAUUUUUCCAUUUAUUUAUUUACUUAUUAUUCCAAUUAUGUGCAGUCAAAAUGAAGGAAAAGCCGUCCUUAUUUUCAACAUGUGAUCAGUUUUUUAACUGAACAGUUGUAGAUAAUAUAUAACAAUUAUUUUCUCUGUACCAAAUGUGAAUCUUACUGAUUAUGAAAUAUAGAAUAGAAUGACAGGUCUGUCAUUUUAAUGUUUAUUCCAAGUUUAUGGGCAUAACUAGAGGGUUCAAAGUGUACAGGAGAUCUUCCUGAGAACUGUCCGGUAAAGUUAUUAUACUCAUUGCGUGUUUAUGUGUGUAAGUGUGCAUGCACUUGUCAGACUUGGGUCAGAUUCAUGAAUAUUUACAUUUGAAAAUUCUACUUUUAAUAAUUCAAGUGUUUACAAAUGUGUUACAUGGCCAAAAAUAUGUGGACAUCUGACAUCUCAUCCAAAAUUGUGGGCAAUAAUAUGUAGUUGGUCCACCCUUUGCUGCUAUAACAACCUCCACUCUUCUGGGAAGGCUUUAUACUAGAUGUUGGAGCAUUGCAGUAGGGGUUAGCUUCCAUUCAGAAAAGCAUUAGUGAGGUCGGGCACUGAUUGGGCAAUUAGGCCUGACUCGUAGUUCACUUUACAAUUAAUCCCAAAGGUGUUGGAUGGAGUUGAGGUCAGGGCUCUGCAGGCUCUGUGCUGACCAUAAAAAACAGGCCCAGACCAAGGGGUGUCCAGAUACUUUUGGUCAUAUAAUUUACACUGGCCCAAACAAAUGCUUUAUAUUUGAAGUAUUUAAAAUUCUUAAAUCUUGAAAGUUACUAAAUAUUUUUGCACAGUAUUUCAAAUAAAUUACAAAUACCCUGAUCAAUUAUAAUGUCUAAGAAUUUAGGUCAGUAAGAGCAAUGAAAGCUUUAAGUGAAAGUCAACAGAUUACUGAUGGAAAAUAAAUAUUUCUUAUCAUUAAUAAGGCUUAACAUUUCAACUUUUUGACCUAUUUUUCUUUAUUUUCCUGCUGACUAAUUUUG